AUGGACCCCUCCCCGGAGGCUCCUCGGCCUGCGUCUGGCUCGAAUUCCAGCCAGACGCCUAUUGCUGUUGUGAGAAAAGACGGCCCAGACCAGGCCUCGGCCGGCACAACCGCCGACCCCGUCAUCGAUACUCCUCACCUCGCUCGUUUUGAGUUCAGCGAUGCCGGCACAAAGAUCCUCAUGGUGGAGUGGCUUCCUGAAGCUGCACCGGAGGCCCAAACCGGAGAGGCCGCUACCGCCGAGGCCGCCACUGCAGUCCAAGACACGACCGCUAGUACGCAAGGUGGUGCUCAGGUUUCAUGGGCCGGGAAGUCUAUCUUCCUUCCCGCUAAGGACACUGAGGCCGAGUCGACGUCGUCUUCUUCCGGAGACAGCCCGCCUCGCCGCCGCAUCUUCUACCUUUUGCCCCCCGCCGCCUCCAUUCCUCAAACCGUCACCAUAACCCUCCCGGGGAAGGCCCCCAUCGAGCUCGUCCCUCUACCGGCCAUUUUCCCCGAGGGUUUCUUAGACGCCGAGACUGGUCGAGGCACCCGGGGCGUUCUGCAUACCAUAUGGGCCAAGAAGCGUGUAAAGCAGCUGGAGCGUGAGAUGGAGUUUGAGAUGAAGACCAAUCCGGAGAGUGUUGGUCUCGAGAUGGCUUUGAAGGAGAAGCAAUGGAUCAUCGACACCUUCCUGCGACCUCCUGUUGCCCAUGGCUCAGGGCCGGGUACAAGUCCCAUCACCCCACGGUCUGCAGGUGCUUCGGGCCGUUUGGGGGAGAAGCUCAAGGGCUUACGGCUUGCUACCUCCCCUGAUGAUUUGUCCCCCUCAGCAAACACAUUCAUCACCGCGGGAAGCCAGUCCCAGACUCUGUCACCCAUCGGGAGCGACGUCGCCGUCUCAUCAUUUUCAUCUAUUUCUAGAUCCGUGGGCCAAAGCACCGGGGCUCCCAUGUCCUUGGAUGCCAUCGCCAGAGGUGAUAUUGGCAUACCAAGACCUGCCACGGGGGAUGCCGAAGAGGAUCUCUUCGCCCUACCUAUGAGCCCUCGUAGCCCAGAAAUGAAGAAGAGCCCCUUCAGCAUCCUAUGA